AGUUCGGGUAGGUUCGUUUAUUGGAUCUGGUACUGUACCUCCUGUACUACCCAAUAUUGUGUUGUUAAACGUUUAGUGGUACUGUAACCGGUAUUGUCCUAUACCCACCUUGAUACACCUCGGGCUGUUCUGCUUUGGCCCACCACUAGCAACGUAAGCAGCCUCUGGCACCUCGUGCCACCAUCGUCUCAUCAAUCCAUCGACAAACAAUAGCAGAUCGCUGGUCAUAUCAGAUCCUGUCGUCAAUAGCUCUACCAGGCACUCGAUUGCGUAUAUCUGGUCCGCCGUUACGCUUCAUCUUCUGCUUGACUGCUACUCCUCGCGUGAGUAUUGGGCUACACCACCACGCGUCUCCGUCCAUGGCGGCAGAACAAGCACAGCCGCCACCAGCCAUGUUAGCCCUCUAGAGGCCUUUAUGAAAAGUACAAACGACCACCAUAUCUCUCCGGAGAAUCCCUGCUCUCAAUGUCAUCGCAAAUCCUCCCAGAUGAUCUCUCCAAGGCCGCGUUGACCGUGACCCUGAAUGAGAUCCCACCUCAGCCACUCGACACAGGUCAGGAUCAGGCUCAGCCGCUCUCUCGGCAAGAUCCCCGUAAAACCGGUACAUCCUUUCGAUCGAAGUCGACAACUGUAUCUGGGGAGGACAGCCAAAAGCCAAAUGCUGUCUCCCCAUUGCCAGUCGAGGUCAUCCAGAGGAUCUUGUGGACGGUGGAUGCCAACACUUUCGCAUCUCUGGUUCUGCUCAACCGCGUCUGGUAUGAAGCGGCUCAGCAGAAGGAACUCUAUGCGCACCAUCUGUCACGAUGUCCUUCGUAUGCCUUGGCUAACACGGUCAUCACUGGGCCGUUUCGCAAAAACGAUCUCCUUCGACUGAAGUCAAAGUUUGCCGCCGAGGUUCGUCGUAACCUCUUUGAGGCUUAUCUUCGCCCUCGUCAGACUCUUAUCAACCUCAUCUCCGUCAAUGCGAGCUCGUCUGCGGCGUUGCCCGGCGCCGAGGCAUUCCGCUUCUCAUUUUCCCCCAAUGGUCGAAGUGUCCUGGCCUUGAGUUCGUCCAGGAUAUAUGUUCUAGACGCAACGAGCGACAUUGCCACCGUCCGGAAGGAACUCAAGACAUUGAGGAGGCCUCUAUCCGCUUCAAUUACUGAUGGUGGCACGAUCUUGGCGGUGCUAUCAUCCCAGUACCAGGCUAAUAUCUACCAUCUGUCGGACACCGGCGUGAAGCACUCGCAAGUCCUGGUUAUGGACCACUCUCCACGAACGAUUACACUGGCUCCUGAAGGGACAGUCCUGGCUGCUGCAUACGAAGGAGGUGUCGAGGUGUUUUCGUUGGCUCCCAAUGCCCUGGCCACCGAUCGUCGAGCCGUGAGGAGUGAAGCAGUAGAUGCGCUGAGCUUUUCUGGCGAUGGAUCCAUGUUGGUCGGGAGCACCCAGAGUCUAGACGAGCCGUCAGCAAUCGUCAUCACCGCGCCGUUUUACACUGAAAAUGAUCUGCCACCUAGAGAAGUCCAUAGCCGGAUGUGGACGAACCAGAUUCUCUUCCCGCAGAUCAGUAGUAUUUGUAGCCAUGCGGAGUUAUUACAGGGCCAUACAGAAGGCGACGCCAAUUGGCUCUUCACUUAUGACCACAGUCUCAUGAAUUACAGGGCCGUGCGUACCGACGAUACACGAGCAGGUGUUGCCUAUUUUCUGAAUCCUCCUACGGGCAGACGGUUCAGCAUACCAGCACCUUGUACGCCACCUACUGCAACGGCAUGUGGCAGUCUUGUGGUGGCCGGUUUCAGUGGAUGUGGACUUUGGAUCUACGGUGUCCCCGAAAAGUUAGACGUCAGUCCUGAUAUGGGUUCGGUUGUGGAAAGACAUGAGCAACGGGUCCAACGCAGGGGCCCGCUCACGUCUGCAACUGGUCACCUUGAACCCUUAAUUGCCUAUUCGCCGUCUAUUUCCGGUCACAGCAGCGACAUCGAGGAUGACUCCAUAGCAGCCAAAGUUGACUGGCGCGAGAGUAUAUUCGUCAAAUGUCAGCAGAUUCGAGGCCUCGAAGGUUGUACGGCAGCCAAAUGGGUCGAGAAAACCGAGGAUCAAGAAGGCGCCUUUCCUGGGAAGAGAUUGAUCUUGGUAGCUCCAGGGGGUGUUGAUCGAUUCGCGGAAGAACUUGGGGACGGAAACAUGCCUGUUGAUGGGUCGCGCAUUUCGAUUCUUGAUUUCGACUACUCGCCUACCGUCGGGCAAGAUCGUGAAGUGACCAUUGAAGUGGGCGAGAAUGAAGCAGAACUACUGACGGAAGAAAUGAGUGACAUUGAUAUUGAAGUGGCUAUGGAGCGGCGACGGACUGUUAGAGACAGAUCAAGAGGAGGGGGGAAAUUAGGAUUGGGUCGCUCCGCCACUUCAGCUGGAGCAAGAAAUAGCACCGGAUGGAGUCAAAGUCGUCUGACCACGAUACGGCCAUCAUCCCCUCUUGAUGUUGAUGCACAAAUUGCUCUGGCUGAGGCUCGAAAUCAGUCUCAACAGCAGAACACGGGAAGCCUGCAUAGAUCGGCCACCGCUGCAGGGUUCAAUACGGCACGAUAUCCUCCAAGACCGCCUCUCUCCGCGCAGCAGGAAGAGCCGGUAACUGAUAUCAGCCAGCCUUGGUAUCCUAACGGAAACUGGUACAGUCCGCCACCGCCGUAUAGUGCAAGUCCCAAUGGGGCGGUCGAAGAUGAUAUCCCGUCGUUGUCUCCAUCGACACAUCCUGGUCGGGGGCAAGAGCCAGACAGAAAUAGUCAAUUGUUCAGCGGAGCCCCGGGUCAUCCCAUCGCAUACAACUUACAGCCGAGUCUGUACCAAAAUGCCUACCAGCCUCAGUCUCAUAUCACGCCGCAUGCUGUGGCAGGACUCUCUGUACCAGGACAGGUACCUGGUCAAGAUGGUCCUCUAACACUCAACAAUCAUACACAGAUACCACCGGGAAGCUCUCAUUUUGCGGCUUCUGGUUCGAGAGAUGCGCCUUCGACCCCAGAGUCUCUCCGAGGCCGCAUUACACCAUCACAGUCCACUGGCCGAAGCUCUCCAUUGAGCCGGAAACAGCCGCCUUCGGACCACCUCAACAAAACACCUCCUACCCAACCGUCCCAGAAGCCGCCGGCAUCCAACGCAACGACUUUAACUGGAGCCAAUUUACAAGCACGGCUCAAUCAUCCAAUCCCGCCGACGCCGCCAGUUUUGGAGCAGAUGUGGUCGUCGCCUAACUCUCCACAUCGAAAAACACCACCCAAGCGUACAGAUCCACCUGCGACACAACCACCAAGUUCUCUAGAUGUUCAAUACUCGGUCGCUCCUCCGACCCCGAAUCAGAUGGCCGACUUGAACCGACGAGUGUCUCUAACAACACGGAAACCUCUUCCGGUCAACUCAUCACUAAACCAGCAGAACGACAACAACAGAUGGACCAACAAUAUACCGACCCGUAGAUCAAGCGGUGAAUCCCACACUCCCCGGGCCGCAUGGGGUGCAGUGGGGAUACCCGGAUCACCUUCAUUUGCCAAUCCGAAUGGACUUGGGCUUUCGAGGACGAACUCACGUGGCAGCAGCAACGGCCGUGUCAAGGCCUACUCAGCAUCCACGCCGAAUCUGCAUACUAUUGGUGGUACAGGAUCAAUGUCCUAUGUCGACCGACCUCGAAUAGGCAGGCUCGAUACGAUCGAGAGUGUCUCGAGUUCAUAUGGACUUGGCGAACCUGGUGCUAGACAUCAAGGUGCUCCCGCUCAAGGAUCAUUCGCCGGCUCAGUGGUGUAUAUGCGCCAGCAACAACAAUAUACAGAUAUAUAUGGCUAUCCGGGUUUUGGGGCCGGGCAGGGGGCGGACGUGCAGCCGCAACCGCAACCGCAACCCCAGCUACAGCCCCAGGUACACGUCCAGGCGCAGUUCCAGCAUCAACCACCGACGCAUCAUUCGAGAAUGUGGGCAGGUGACGAUGAGAAUGCGCCUGAUACUACAAAAAAGAGGGAAAGGGGGAGAAGAUGUAUUGUUAUGUAAGUGUCUACAACUCGGUGUGCCGAGGCAUGCAUCCAGAUGCUGUUCCGGACGAGGAGCGAGCGAACGACCAAAACUGGAUCUUGGGAAUCAAGUUCAAUCUGAACGUGGGCAGGGAGUUUACAAUAGGAGGGGGAAUUUGGCUCGAAUGCAUGUGUGGUAUGUUGUUGGUUUAGGAAGGGUCAAAUAUCAACGAUCUCCUUGGUACAUACACAAGUGUGCAGGUGUACAUUGUCCAUUUAGCGUACGGCAGCUAUUUAUUUACGGGAGAAAUUUACCUGGUACCCCCAAAGGUGCCUAGGUAGGUAUUCAAGAUUGCUUAUAGCUAGCUGGGUAAAGGCUUGGUUCUGAUACAUGCGUUCUAGACUGAAUCAUUCUUUCAAGGUUAUUAUCUCACCCCUGCUCGGUUUUCCAUCCUGCUGUCGCAUCUUCUCCCGGGUCCACGAGUCUUUACGCCAACCCGCCUACUCUACCAGGUAGGUCCUGUCGCAGCUAGGAGGAUCUGCCAUGAUGUCUCAUUAGUCCAAUUUAUUUAGAAUGUCUUGAUUGUUGAAGUGGUUAAUCAUUACCUGCAAUUUACAAACUACCAGCCAAUUUUAUAUACCUAUAUCAUAUCUCCCCCUUCCGGUCCCUCUUUACCAAAUCCAGCCGGACAUCCUUUAGUCACUUA